UUAGACCGGAAGCGUUGGUCUCGUGACAGGAACUUGAAAAACAUAUGGAAGUGGGUUGUUUUUGUUUCACAGCCAGGUGUCAAAUAUAGUCUUAAUCUGCUGCGUAGUCGUCCAAACUCUACAGAUAGCAUCGUCCGAGCUCAGUUUUUUCGGCUUGCUCGUCAUCAUGGUGGAGCACACGGCAUCUGACGUGUUCUGCAAUCGGAUGCUGAGCAUGGUCAACUCUGAGGAUGUUAACGCCAUCAUCCAGGCUCAGAGACACAUGCUCGACCGUUUUGAGAAAACCAAUGAAAUGCUGAUCAACUUUAAUGGGCUGUCUAAUGUACGCCUGCAGCAGAUGAACGAGCGUUUCCUACUCCACACUCGCACUCUUGUGGAGAUGAAGAAAGAUCUGGACAGCAUCUUUAGAAGGAUCAGAACACUAAAAGGAAAGAUAGCUAAGCAGUAUCCAGAAGCUUUCAGCAACAUCCAUGAGUCGCCCAUUUCUGAGGAAGAUGACGAUGAAUUUGACCCAGUUCCUCCAAGCAUUGCCACAACUACUACCACAGCCACCUCAGAGCAGAGCACAGAGUCAUGUGACACAAGUCCAGAUGUGAUCUCGCCCACUGUGAGCAGAUGCUCGGAAGAGCUCUCUCAGGAGCCACCUGACACGCCCACCUCUGACUUCCUAGAGACAGCUGUCCUGCAGGACGAGGGUCCUGACUCAGUCCCUGCAGAAUAGCGAACAGUUAAUGGGGUCACUUUAAACUUUUUUUUUUCAGGAAGACUUGUUGUAUAAUUGCAUGUGCACUUGCCACUGUAAUGUUUGCGGUCAUUUGUUUGUUUGAUGUUUUGAGGUGGCUUUGCACUGUCAAUGAGAAACAUGCUUUUUUUUUUUUUUUGCCAUACAUAAUUGUGUUGUGCUAGCAUAGCACCACAAUAAUGCAGAAAAUACUUGAACUUGUAUAAUACACCACUGUAUAUCUGUAUGUGUAUAACUAUACAGCAAACCUGAGCAAAAGCCUGUGUGUACGAAGAAGUUCUCAUCAUGUCAACAUAAAUAACAGAUACAAAAUCUAGUCUCACUCUGAAUAUUGGUAGUUAGUUUUUGCAAAUGUUUAUUGCACUUGUUGCAGCAUUGUUAUUCAGCAGUCUCCUGUUAACCCUAUAUAUAAUUUAUUUCCCAUAAAACCAGGAAAUAUGUUUAUCAGCACCUUCAUGAGUGUGUCCGACUGCUAGUUACAGAUAUCAUUUGGUUUAAAAGUGUAAAACUAAAUAUAUUUAUUUUUUUAUACUGCUACAUAACAAUAUUAAUUUGAAAAGCAAAGAUGCUAAAGCUAAAAUAAGUAAUGGUAUACGGUAAUGGAAGCGCUGGAGAGUUCUAGUUGUUGCAAUUUUACACUUGAAUAAAAUUGCAUUUUUCUGCUGAA